UUUCUCAUUUGACCAUCAUCAUUAUGAACGCACUGCACGUUUGUCUCCAAAUAUCAUGAAAGCUAAAAUGUUAAACUUGGCUAUAUUUUUCGUAGUUUUGGUCUUUCCUUUAGCAUCGAAUGCUGUAACGGAAGACAGAUCUAAUCCUCUGACGUCAUCGAUCAGUGAUUAUGAGCGAUUGCGUCAACGCGUCUCCCGGGAAUCGAUGAUCACCACCACGGUGAUGAAUAGCGUCAACGUGCUGCAGUUAGAGGUGUCUACGAUUCUGAGGGAACAGAGGCAACAGAAUCAGAACAUAAAGCUCCUUAUACAACAGGUGGCGGCCCUGUCGAAACUUAACACUCAGCUGAAUUCCGAACUGAUUGAAGUUAAGCUGAACUUAAGUGAGUCCAAUACGAAUAUGAAGGAAAUGGUUGGCCAAAACAACAGGGAUAUUGAAGAAACUUCCACCAAUUUUUCGAACGAACUCGGGGAAGUUAAAAAAGAGAUUUCUCGACAGAAUAAUGACAUCGAAGUGCUUCAAGUUGACUUGAAACAGUUAAAACGCUCGGCAGUGGAUACCAGGGUCUUCCAGGAUAAAUACACUUCGGUGACGCAGGAAAUCGGCGAAAUGAAAACCGCGAACGGAAUGAACAGUCACGUGAUUGAGGAAUUACAGAGCGAAGUUAAUCAAAUAAAAGAAAGGACAUUAAGUAAAACAGAAUUCCUAGAAAAACAUUCCUUAAUCAUGGGUGAAAUGGAAGAAGUAAGACUAAAUGGCGCCAAUAAUAGUCACGUGAUUUUGGAACUUCAAAACGAGGUGGAAUCUCUUGGUGUCAAUCAAACCGAUUUCGGCGAUCAACUGUUUGAUUUGAAUGGGGAAGUGACGUCACUGCAGAAACAGGGUGAGGUGUUACAUAAAAAUCUGACUAGCACGAUGGGAAAUCUGACGUCAUUAGAUUUAAGUACUAAGGGCAUGGGCACCUUAGUAUCUGAACUUCAGGUUGACGUUAAUGUGGCACAGAAAAGUAGCAAAGACCUCGGGGACAUCGUUUUAAGAUUAACCAAGGAUCUGAUGUUUCUGCAGUCAAGCACGGCGAAGUUAAGCGAUAUCAUGGUUGGAAUUGAAAAUAACGUGACGUCACUGCAGGUAGAAAAUGAAGGUCAGGUGACUUCUCUACUGAAUUUGAAAGGCAACGUUAGCUCUGUUAAAAGUAUCAGUAGUGUAAUUCAAGGUAGUGUUAAGGAAAUGGGAAAACGUCUAGACGCUCACAAAGACAGUGGUGAAGGCAUGGCGGUUGUUAUUUUUAGAUUAACCAACAAUAUGACGUCCUUACGGGAAAGGAACGAACAGUUUGAUCGAAAUAUGAAUCACUUGAAGCAAAAUAUGACGGAACUUCAACAGAAUGAGAAAUGGUUGAAAAAAGAGGUAAUGCACAUCAAAGAAAACGUGACAGCAUUGUACGACAAGAACGCAGACUUAGAUGACAACAAUGAACAUCUAACACAGAAAAUAUUAUCUGUCCACAGAAAACACAACAAACUGGAUGAAGAACUUUUCGAUUUAAAGAACAACGUGCACGUUUACCAUGAAAGAAACAAGAAACUCGGGGACUCUCUAUUGGGACUUGGCGGGAAUAUGACGUCAAUUCAAAUGAAAUUUGACGCAUUGUAUGACGUCAUCGAUACUCUCAUGUACAACGUGACCUCCAUAGAGAGAGGAAAUGGAAGACUCGACGACGCGAUUGAUCAGCUUAGUCAUAAUGUGAAGUCCCUGCAGAAGAAGAAAGAGAGCAUCGGAGACGUACGCCCUCGCCCGUCCAGUUUUCAUUACACUGACCAGGUAGCUCUGCAAAGAGGCGUAGGUUCGCCGCGUGUAGCGUUCACGUCUCAGAUCAGUCUAGAGGGCGCUAUUUCUGACGUAAGAAGAAACCAGACAAUCGUGUUCGAUUUAGUGGAAUACAACUUAGGAGGAGGUUAUGACUCAUCAAGCGGGAAAUUCAAAUGUGAAAUUGCCGGAAGUUACGUGUUUUUCUUCAACAUCUUGACCAGGCCUCAUAUGAGACUUGGAGUGGACCUAACCAUUAAUGGAGAAACGAGAUCGGCUUGUGCGUACUCAGGGGCGGAUCCGAACUUUAGUGUAAAUGGAAGUAAUAUGGUGGUUGUGCAUUUGAACAAAGGGGACGAAGUUUGGGUCCGUGCCCAUAAGAGCCGAGAUCCGCCACCUGGUGUCAUGUUGUCAAGCUUUGCAAACAGUUUUGCAGGAUUCCUUCUAUACGAGGAUUAAUUGGGGCUCUGUAAGGUUUUAAUUCAUAAUUUCAAUGUUCAAAUAUCUUCAGACAUUUUGUGUUGUGUACAUCUGUUUGUGUAGACUGUUGUUGGCCACGUGUUUAUUUAUAUAUCAUUUUAUUUACACAUAAAGGGAUAUGGGUUCUGUUACGACCUGUAUUACGAUUUAAUAUUCA